GAGUAAGUUAAACCCCGUACCAAACGCAGGUUAAGCUACAGCCUGACAGCUGCUGUCAGCGUUUGCUACCGCGCGAAAUUCAAAUCGAAUAAACCAUGGAGAACAUCCUGAAGAAGGAUUCCGAUAUGGACGUGGACCCCAAGGUCCUGGAGCAGCUCAAGGACGACCUGAACAGCACGAACUCCGAUUCCGAAUUGGACGAUGAAGACUCCAGGGAUGCAGCGCUCGCCAUCGAAGAGAACAUGCUCAAAGACGAUGAUUGUGAAUUGAAUCUGAGCUUCUCCGAUGAAAUGAAGAUGGAUAUCAAGGAUGAACCUUUCGAUCCUGAGAUGCUUCUGCAGGAUGUACCACCUAUCAUGUCUUCAAAUUCCAAGAAAAAGGAUACAAGGACGAAGAAGGAGAUUGAGGAGGAGGAGAGAGAGAAGAUGCAUAGGGUUUUGGUUUCCAACUUCACUGAGGAGCAGCUCGACCGAUAUGAGAUGUACAGGAGAGCCGCCUUCCCAAAAGCUGCUAUCAAAAGACUGAUGCAGACGAUUACCGGGUGCUCCGUUUCCCAAAACGUAGUCAUCGCCAUGGCUGGUAUUGCCAAAGUAUUUGUUGGAGAAGUCGUGGAAGAAGGAUUGGAUGUAAUGGAAGAGGUGUGCGAGGUGGGACCGCUGCAGCCGAAGCAUCUGCGGGAGGCCGUGCGAAGGAUGAGACAAGACGGAGGGAUUCCGAGCGGUCGAAUGCACAACAAGAACAGCUUCAAAUUAUGAUAAGGAAGCCUCCCGCCCUCAUCCGAAGAACGCCCAUAAAGAGAUAAAGAUUUGUUUACAUAUCCGUUAUAUAAAUAGCUUAAAUAUAUAUAU